UCUACGUCAUCAGUCUGCGCGACCGGCGGGCGCCUGGCGAUCCAUGGGGUAGAGCGGACCACGGCGAAGGCUACCGGAAUGCGCGGCUGAGGGGCGUGAUGGGGGAGGUGGCUGUGGCCGCGGGGCCUUGUCCGUUGCGCGAGGACAGCUUCACGCGCUUCUCGUCGCAGAGCAAUGUAUACGGGCUGGCGGGCGGCGCGGGCGGGCGCGGGGAGCUGCUGGCCGCCACCCUUAAAGGCAAGGUGCUGGGCUUCCGCUACCAAGACCUCCGACAGAAAAUCCGGCCCGUGGCCAAGGAGCUGCAGUUCAAUUACAUUCCCGUGGAUGCAGAGAUUGUCUCCAUCGACACCUUCAACAAAUCGCCCCCAAAGCGAGGCCUGGUUGUGGGGAUCACGUUCAUCAAGGAUUCCGGGGACAAGGGCAGCCCUUUUCUGAACAUUUACUGUGACUAUGAGCCUGGUUCUGAGUACAACCUUGACUCCAUCGCCCAGAGCUGCCUGAACCUGGAGCUCCAGUUCACUCCUUUCCAGCUGUGCCAUGCAGAGGUCCAGAUCGGGGGUCAGCUGGAGACCGUGUUUCUCCUGAGUGGGAAUGACCUGGCCAUUCAUCUCUACAAAGAGAACGAGGGGCUGCACCAGUUUGAAGAACAGCCUGUGGAAAACCUCUUCCCAGAGCUCAUGAACCUGACCAGUAGCGUCCUCUGGCUUGACGUGCACAACCUGCCCGGCACGUCCCGGCGACUCUCAGCACUCGGCUGUCAGAGCGGCUACGUCCGUGUCGCCCACGUGGACCGGCAGAGUCGAGAGGUGCUGCAGACGUGGACCAUCCUGCAGGACGGCCCCAUCUCCCGCGUGAUCGUGUUCAGCCUCUCAGCGCCUGUGGGGGCCGAGGACAGACCGGAGCAGGAGGAGUACAGCGUGCUGGUGGCCAGCAUGCUGGAGCCGGCGGUGGUAUACCGGGACCUGCUGAGCCGGGGCCUUGAGGACCAGCUCCUGCUUCCUGGCAGCGACCAGUUUGACAGCGUCCUCUGCGGCCUGGUCACCGACAUCGAUUUGGAUGGGCGGCCGGAAGUCCUGGUGGCCACCUACGGACAGGAGCUGCUGUGUUACAAGUACUGCGGCCCGGAGCACGGGCUCCCUGGGGCCAGGGGCGGCUUCCGCCUGCUCUGGCAGCGGAGCUUCUCCAGCCCCCUGCUGGCCAUGGCGCAUGUGGACCUGACUGGGGACGGACUGCGUGAGCUGGCCGUGGUCUCCCUGAAGGGCGUGCACAUCCUGCAGCACAGCCUGAUCCAGGCCUCAGAACUGGUCCUGACCCGGCUUCGGCAUCAGGUGGAGCAGAGGCGACGUCAGCCACCGAGGCCAGGGGACAGGGUGGGUGCUGGGCCUGCCGAGACCCCUGCCUCCUGAGCGCCACUCACUGCACAUCCUCCCCCCCCUCCCCCCGCAAGGCCUCACCUCCAGCCCUUCAUGGCGAGGGAAGCAUCCUGACGGGGGCGCGCGUCUUCCCAGACCCUCCAGGGCGGUGCAUCUGUGAGUCCUGCUCUGGCUCCACCCCCCCACGUGCCCUUUGACCCCACUCCCCUCUCUGUGCCUCAGUGUCCCCCAUUUGAAAAUGAGAUGAUCUUACCCAACCCCCACCCCCCGCAGAGAGAAUUGGUCAGCAGACAAGUAUUUCUCUGUCCAGAGAAGCCAGACUUGAA